CAGAUUAGCAGCUGCCGUGACAAAUUAAAUACAAACGUCCGUGUGAUUGGACCGUAAUAUGGUUUAUAAAGGAUUAGUACGACGUUUUAAAUGGUGAAGGGAAAAAUGGGAGGAGGAAAACGCAUUUUAAAAGAACGGUACGUCUACAGGAGUAUAGUUGAGUCGAGGAGGAUAUAAAGACCCGAGAGAUUUAGUCGUCUUCUCAGCAAUGAAAUUCCACAAAACUCGCGUGUGUAAUCAAUAUUCUGGUGGCCCCAGAGAAAGGUGGAAGAGAAGGGAGAGGGAAAAAAGAAAGAAAAAAAAAUGAAUCAAAUACACAAGCACUACAUGCAUGUGCAAGGAAGGGAAUGAGUGGAAGACGGAAACGAGCAAGAGAGAGAGAGAGAGUGUGAGCGAGCGAGCGAGAGAGAGAGAGAGAGAGAAACAGCAGUGAUGAUCGAUGCCAGUCUGCCACCACUCUGUAGCAGUGAGAGGCUGCAACAAAAGCGUGGAAUAAAGGCUCUGCUGCUCUUGUCUCCAGUCGCCCUGCAUCUCUCCGUCUCUCCGAACGCAACGCAGCCCAGACACAAGGUGCUGGCUCUGCAGCCUGCCAUCAACAAGUUACGACGGUAGGACCCUCAGCCAUAAAAAAAAAGAGGAGUAUUCGCGGUUCAAUUAGGCAACUGAGCUGACGACAUUGCGGUGGAAAGGGAACGGUGAGGGGGGAAGAAAGAAAAAAAAAAAAAGAGAGUGUGUGUGUGAGGGAGAGAGAGAGAGGGGUGACACGAUGUUCGCGAGGGUCGCACUGGAUACAAAUCAAUUUGAAAAAGAUUAAGGAUUCCUGGAAGCAACAAGAAUGCCGGAUCUUUCUUAAUUUGGGAACCGGAUAACAAAAACUACGGGAUUGAGAGCAGAAUAAAUAAAUGGACGGACAAAACCCUGCAACAUGGAUCUUGUGAAUUUGUUUCAGAGGAGACGGCUCGGCAUCGCUUUAAUUGGGAAGACCUUGGUUUGUUUCGCGUUUACUCAAAAGGCUUUUUUCCCUUUGGAUUUCCCGUCCAUCUGGCUGUUCCAGGGAUCUACGGAGAAAGACAGUUGAAUGCCACCGUCGAUGUUCGCAAAAGAAUGGGUUUCCAUUCAAGGUGGCCAUUGGUGGGACAAGCACCAGCGGCACUUUGUGUGAUCAGCAUGCUACUGUGUCUGCCUCCCACAUCGUGCACAGCCUGCCCUCAGAAAUGCCGCUGCGAGGACCUGCAGUUUUACUGCGACACGCAGGGAUUCCUGGCACCCCCAGACGGCGUGGACAGAGGAGCACUGGGACUCUCGCUCCGGCACAACAGCAUCAACGAGCUGAGCCCUGAUCAGUUCUUCGGCUUUACACAGCUAACCUGGCUCCACUUGGACCACAACCAAAUACUAAACGUGCAUGAGGAUGCCUUCCAGGGGCUCUACAAGCUAAAGGACCUAAACUUGAGCUCCAACCGCAUCACAAAGCUGCCCAACACAACCUUCAUCCACCUCAUCAACCUCCAAAUCUUGGAUCUAUCCUUCAACCAGAUGACCGCACUGGAGCCCGAGCUCUUUCACGGGCUUCGGAAGCUCCAGAUCCUCCACCUGAGGUCCAACUUCCUGCGGACCACACCUGUGCGGGCCUUCUGGGACUGCCGAAGCCUGGAGUACCUUGGUUUGAGCAACAACCGGCUCCGGAGCCUGGCUCGGAAUGGAUUCGCCGGGCUAAUAAAGCUACGGGAGCUCCAUUUGGAACACAACCACUUGACUAAGAUCAAUCUGGCCCACUUCCCACGUCUUGUUGCCCUCCAGUUCCUCUAUCUGCAGUGGAACAAGAUUAACAAUUUAACGUGUACCAUGGAGUGGGAGUGGACCACUUUGGAAAAACUGGAUCUAACCGGGAAUGAGAUACGCACUCUAAUCCCUGAAGUGUUUGAAACUUUACCGAACCUUCAGGUUCUGCUGCUGGAUAACAACAAGCUGAGCAGCCUCGAUGCCCAAACCACAACUAUGUGGAAGUCCCUGAACACCAUCGGGUUGUCCAGCAACCUUUGGGAUUGUACAAAAAAGAUUUGCAACUUGGCCAGUUGGCUUAGUAAGUUUAAAGGUCGAUGGGAACAUUCUAUCCUAUGUCACAGCCCUGAGUACACGCAGGGUGAGGAAAUACUAGACGCUGUUCAUGGAUUCCAACUCUGCCAAAACAUCUCGGCACCGGUUGUACUGACCAGCACCACGAUGGAGGCCACGUUACCACAACAGUUCACUAGCUCCUUUUUUGGGAAUAUGCAGACGCCGACACAGGACUUCUACCCUGAGGAUUUUGGGAGCUUUACCAUCGUCACCACUACCACCACCACAACUCAGACCCCACAAACUACCAUGGCUACGGUCACAGUGGACGGGGAAGAUGUUACUGAAGACUAUGGCAUAAUGGACAGCACCCUACUGACCCAGAGAGUCAUUAUAGGUACCAUGGCCCUUUUGAUUUCCUUCUUUCUCAUCGUUUUUGUUGUGUACAUCUCACGGAAGUGCUGCCCUCCCACUCUACGGAGGAUCCGCCACUGCUCGGCCAUUCAGAACCGGCGCCAGAUGAGGACCCAGCAGAGGCAGCCGAUGGCAGACCUGGCCACACAGGUGCCCUAUAACGAGUACGAGCCGGCACACGACGAAGGGGCACUUGUGAUCAUUAAUGGCUACGGGCAGUGCAAGUGUCAGCAACUGCCUUACAAAGAGUGUGAAGUAUAAACAUUUUAUUUCUGCACUUUAUGGGUUAUGUCAUUUCCACCAUUUUGAAAGAUACAGGGUGUGUUUUCGGAACUCUCUCAGCUUGUACACAAAAGGAUAUAAAUGAGCAUUUAAUUCUUUAUACCGGUUUCGGAAACCGACGAAUGUCCGGAAGGUCGCGAGGACGCAAUCGAAACGAGCUGUAUAAAGGAGUCGGAGUUUAUUUUUAUAGUAUGAAAAGCAAGGUUCAUAUCCAGCUGGGGCGAUCGAUCACAGACGGAUGUGUGAGAGAUUUGUCUUGGCGUUAUUAGUCACUAAUCCAGCAGCACAGAAAAGACGAGAAAGAAACAAAGCCAAAACCAUCUGGAACUUUAAGGUCCAGAAACAACAACAACAAAAAACAAAAAAACAACUAUGUAUGAAACUGUAUUCUUAUUCUGAUAUAUGUUUGGAUUUUAUAAUAUGGUAAGAAGUGCUGUGGGUGGCAAUAUGAUGCAGAGAAACGCAAAUCUGACUAAAGAAAAACAGGCAGAGAUGAGAGAGAUUUUUAUAGUGCACGUUAGACUACACUAUAGAUCUCACUUAACACUUUAAAAAAAAAAAAUGAAGUAAAAAUUAUUGAUUUAUGAUUUGGGUUCAAAGAGCAUUUUUACUCGUGUUUUGUUUUUGUUUUUUAAAUUAUGGAGAAAGAGCACUGUAAAAUUGUACAUCACCACAUUUAGCUCAAGUCUAACGAGGGAAGGUUCAAACUUGAUCAGAAUAAACCCGUCAUGUUUAUUUCUCUUUGAUCCAGCCAAGAUUUCAUCCUUUCACCUAAUGCACAAAAUGCUUCUUUAUUUUCCAGUUUAUUUUCCCCUCAACAGGUUCCACCUCCUGUCUCCAAAAUGUGAAAAGCUUAGCACUGUGUGUGUGUGCGCGCGAAAAGGCUAAUGUUACCUUUGCUAAUUGUCUGGCUCGCUCAGUCUACUGUGAUGUCAGCAGGGACCGAAUAAAUGUUACAGACGUUUGCUCACUUUACCAUCAUGUAUAUGCACAUUCAUACAAAGUUAUAUAUAUAAAAAAAGAGAAAAAAGAAACAGGGGAAAAUAAAAUAAAUAAAUAAAUAAAUGAUGGCUCGGAUAUAAAUAACUCGAGCCGGUCAUUGACAUUCACUGUGACUGUUCGGUGCUGCGGUAGCCAUUGCACAUUUGCAUAAACGACUGUAGGGACCGUUCACGAUACGGCAGGAGAAAAUAGAUCCCGCUGGGAAAACGAUGACAAACGAGGGAUGUGAGAAAACCGGCAAGGAAUAGAAAUGUUCAAAAAUACCCACCAAAAAACAAACAAACAAACAAAAAGUAUAUAUAAUUUAAAAAAAAAAAAAAAGUAUAUAUAAAAUAUAUAAAAAAGUAUAUAUAAUUUCUCCAGGCUCGGUAACGGUCUUCUUUGUCGGGGGGAAGAAAAAAAAAAAAAAGGCAAGCAGAGACCGUAAUCACAUGUGACAGCUGGAAGA